AUAAUUAAGGCGUUUCUUUUUGCCAAUUUCGAACCUUCGAGUUCAAGGCGGAAAGCGCGAAAAACCGAGCAAUUUGGGAAGCCGCUUGAAUGCGACUUUCCACAUAACACCGUUUUUCCUGGAGUCAAUUCCCCCCAGGAUUAUCGGGAGCUCCUUAAGAAGUAUCUGGCAAUUGCUCCAUAUCUUCUUCCAAAAGAUCCUGGGGACAUUUUGAACCGACCUACCCUUCGCCAUCCUGACCUUACUCCCAGCAACGUCUUCGUGUGUCCAGACACAUUCAACGUCACAUGUAUUAUUGACUGGCAACACACAAUUGUUAUCCCAUUGCUCCUUGCUGCUGGCUACCCGAGGCUGUUCGAGAACCCUGAUCCUGAGCCUUCAACAGGCUUAGUCCCACCGAAGUAUCCAGAAGACUACGACACAAUGAGCUCUGAGGACAAGGCGCAAGUUGACGAGCUCAUCCGGCGACAAAGCCUCUUUUAUCUUUACCGCGUCUUCAAUGAGGGACUAAACAAAGUGCAUCUCCAAGCUCUACAAGAUCCCCUGAUUCUGUCACGUCAGCAUCUCGUCGAUUUUGCGGGACGACAAUGGUCAGGCAACCUCAUGACAUUGCGAGGAGCUUUGAUGCGCAUGCGUGACAUCUGGCAGCACGUUCCGGGAAAGGACGAACAGCAUGAAUGUUCUAUCGCAUUUUCGAAGCAGGAAAUUAAAGAGCAAACUGAGAACGAGCCAAUGUGGUAUAACUUGAACAAGCUCGUCAAUCAUUGGCGUGAUGAACUAGGGGGGCUGUCAGAAGAAGGGUGGGUCCGGUCUGAGCAGUACGACUAUGCGGUUGAACGAAACGAGUCCCUUAAGGCGGAGUUUUCUGAAGGUGGUAGUGCAGACGAGCUUGAGAAAAUCGAGCGGGGCUGGCCAUUUCAGGAUCAUGAGGAAUUCUUUUGA